AUGGCGGACGGUGAUAGCAGCUAUUCGCAGCAGCUACCUUGCGUUUUUUCACCAAAAUCACAACAAUACCUAGCAGUGUGUGCUCAGGAUGGAAGACUUCGAAUUUGGAACACAGACAGUAAAACGCUUCACCAGGAAUACGUGCCUUCAGCUCAUUUGAGUGCUACUUGUACAUGCAUACAUUGGGGACCAUGCCGGACAGUCAAGGAGGGUCCUCAGAGGAAGAAGAGGAAAUCGGAAGCAGGACACGUAGAAGAAAAAGUGGACCUGUUGGCAAUGGGCACGGUGGCAGGCACAGUGCUCAUUUACAGUACAGCUAAGGGUGCUCUUCACUGUACUCUGGAUGGAGGCCAUAGCGGGGGAGUAAAUUGCGUACAUUGGCACCCAGAAGACUGUUUAUUGUAUAGUGGCUCAGAUGACUCACAUAUUGUAGAAUGGGAUCUACAAACGGGCAAGACACGGAGUAAGUGGAAAGCAGACCGUGCUGCAGUGACCAGUUUGUGCGUGAGCCCAGAUGGUAAACUGCUUCUUUCAGCUGGACAGACUAUCAAGAUGUGGGAUUUGGACACCAAGGAGGUUUAUAGGAAAUUUACCGGGCACUCCAGCGCUGUGACGACGCUACGCUUUGCCACCACACGACCCCCAGACAGCAGUGGUCUCUAUUUUUUGUCUGGCGCUGUUCACAAUAGACUGCUCAGUGUAUGGCAAGUACGAGAAGAUGGCAAGGACAAGAACUCAGUUGUGUCUUUCACACUGACAGAUGAGCCUCGACAUAUUGACCUUGUCACAUCCAGAAGCAAGGACCAGGCGGUAAGGCUUGCAGUGGUGUGUAAAGAUGGACAGCUGCAUCUCUUCGAGCACUUUCUAAAUGGGCCCUGCAAGAAGCCCCUGUCCCCUUCAUGCACGGUGCAAAUGUCAGACACAAAGGAUUCCCCGAUGCCAAUUCCCCUCCUUGCAGCUGCCCUGAAUGCUGAGUCAAGGGCUGUGACGCUGGCUUAUGGCAACUAUCUACAGCCCGUAAUAGAGAAAGUGGAUAUCCAAACCGCUGAUAGACAUAUUUGUCUGACAAGAAAUGUGCAGACCACCUUGUCACUUUCUAUUGCAUCUACCCUAUCUAAGGUGAAAACCCCAAUUACCAACUCUAAGAGCAAAGUGCUGAUUCCUGGGCUUCCUGGUCAUCAAGCCCCAGUCACAGGAACUUCAGUGGCAACAGAGAAAAGGAAAAAAGACUCUGAUUCCAAAGAGGUGUCAAUAGCAGAGCGUCUUGGUGAAAUUGAUCUCCAGUCUACAGCUUCCACAAAGAAAGAGUCUAAAGGGACGCCCUCUUUAAAAACUGACAAUUUUGCGGUUUUGCUGGUGCAGGGACUUGAGAGCCAUGACAACGACAUCCUAAAUAAAGUUUUCCAGACCCGUAAGGAAAUGGUAAUAAACAAUACUGUUUCACGGCUACCCCUCCCUGCUGUUCUGCCAUUAGUGGAACAGAUCACCAAGAGAUUACAAGGGCACCCUUUCUCGGCAGUUCUCAUGGUCCGGUGGCUCAGAGCUGUGCUGAUGCACCACACAUCAUACCUGUCUUCGCUGCCCGACGUGGUUUCUCAGCUGGGAGUGCUUUAUCACAUUAUUGAAAGCAGAGUGAAGAUGUUCCAUAAACUGACCAAGUUACAUGGAAAACUAUACCUCCUCGUUUCACAGGUGGCAACAAAUAAUAGCACCAACAAGGUAUCUGAUGUUGACCACACAGCCAAGCUGGUGUAUGAAGAGGAAUCUUCGGAUGAAGAUGAGGCCUCUGGGGACGAAAGACUUCUGGAUGAAGACUCGGAUAAUUGGGAGGAGGAGGAGGUGAUGGAAGAUGACGGCAAAGAAGGUAUUGACCAGGGUGACGAGGAUAUCGACAACAGGACAGAUUCCAAAGAAAACGGGGAGGAAAAAAUGGAGCACGAUAAUGAGAGUGAAGAAGAAUAA